GGCCAGGUGUCCCCGCUGCCGCCUCUGCCCCCGGAUGAGCGCGGCCGGCGCGGAUCCCCCUCAGGCCGCCGGCGUCAGGGGCGGCCCACCCGGGAGGAAGCCCCUCUGAUGCCGGCUCCCCCACGCGGAGCGAGCCGGCCCUCGUGAAGCCCCUGCAGGGGCCGGAGCGCCUCCCCGGCGCAGUCCGCGAGAGCCCCCUCGGCGGCGGCGGCGGCGGCUUCUUCCCCGCGCUGCCGCUCGCGAGCGCGAUGACCACGCCGGCUCUGCUGCCUGUCUCCGGGCGCCGGAUCCCGCCUCGCAGCGUGGGCCCGUCGUCGUCCUUCCCUCACCACAGGGCUACCCUGAGACUCUCCGAGAAAUUCAUCCUGCUGCUCAUUCUCAGUGCCUUCAUCACGUUGUGCUUCGGGGCUUUCUUCUUCCUGCCGGACUCUUCGAAGCACAAGCGCUUCGACCUGGGCUUGGAGGAUGUCUUGAUUCCCCACGUGGACACCGGCGACGGAGGGAAAAACGUGGGCGGAUACUUGAUCCAUGGGCAAGGCCGAGACCAGCAUAGGCACAGAGAAGAAGAAGAGCUCUUGAGAAAUAAAAUUCGUGCAGACCAUGAAAAAGCUCUAGAAGAAGCAAAAGAGAAACUGAAGAAGUCACGGGAUGAGAUCCAAGCAGAAAUUCAGACUGAGAAGAACAAGAUAAUCAAGGGCUUGAAGAACAAAAGCAGCAAACCUCUGCCACCGGUCCCAGUGCCAAAUCUUGUGGGGAUAAACAGUGGAGAUCCAGUGGAUCCAAACAUCCGAGAAAAGAGAGACAAAAUUAAAGAGAUGAUGAAACAUGCUUGGGAUAAUUACAAGCAGUAUGGAUGGGGACAUAAUGAACUGAAACCCAUUGCCAGGAAAGGACAUUCCACCAACAUAUUUGGAAAUUCACAGCUAGGUGCUACCAUAGUAGACGCACUGGAUACUCUUUAUAUUAUGGGCCUUCAUGAUGAAUUCAGAGAAGGCCAGGAAUGGAUUGACAAUCACCUUGAUUUCAGUGUGAAUUCAGAGGUAUCUGUCUUUGAAGUCAACAUCCGUUUCAUCGGUGGUUUGCUUGCAGCCUAUUACCUGUCAGGACAGGAGGUAUUCAAGACAAAAGCAGUGCAACUUGCAGGAAAACUUCUUCCUGCCUUCAACACACCCACAGGGAUUCCAUGGGCAAUGGUGAAUUUGAAAAGUGGUGUUGGUCGCAAUUGGGGAUGGGCUUCAGCUGGCAGCAGUAUCCUAUCAGAAUUUGGUACGCUUCACAUGGAAUUUGUUCACCUGAGUUACCUAACUGGCAAUCCAAUCUACUAUGAAAAGGUUAUGCAUAUUCGUAAACUACUUCAAAAAAUGGACCGUCCCAAUGGGCUUUAUCCUAACUACUUGAAUCCAAGAACUGGACGCUGGGGGCAACAUCACACAUCCAUGGGUGGUUUGGGAGACAGUUUCUAUGAGUACUUGCUGAAAGCUUGGUUGAUGUCCGAUAAGAUGGACGUGGAGGCAAGGAAAAUGUAUGAUGAUGCUAUUGAGGCCAUAGAGGAACAUCUUAUCAGAAAGUCCAAUGGAGGCCUAACUUUUAUUGGGGAGUGGAAGAAUGGCCAUCUUGAGAGAAAGAUGGGCCAUCUCACAUGCUUUGCUGGGGGAAUGUUUGCCCUUGGAGCAGAUGGCUCAAGAGAUGAUAAGGCUGGGCACUACCUUCAGCUUGGAGCAGAGAUUGCGCAUACAUGUCACGAAUCAUAUGACAGGACAACAUUAAAACUGGGACCUGAAGCUUUUAAAUUUGAUGGUGGUGUGGAGGCAGUAGCAGUACGACAAAAUGAAAAAUACUACAUUUUAAGACCAGAAGUGAUAGAAACAUAUUGGUAUAUGUGGCGGUUCACGCAUGAUCCAAAAUACAGGCAGUGGGGCUGGGAGGCAGCACAGGCCAUUGACAAGUACUGCCGAGUGAGUGGAGGAUUUUCUGGUGUGAAAGAUGUCUACUCUUCAGCUCCUACAUAUGAUGAUGUACAACAAAGUUUCUUUCUUGCUGAAACACUAAAGUAUUUGUAUUUGCUGUUCUCCAAUGAUGAUCUUCUACCUUUGGAUCACUGGGUUUUUAACACAGAAGCUCAUCCCCUGCCUGUUUUACAUUUAGUCAACACAACACUUUCAGGAAACCAUGCAUAUCGAUAGAAACUAUUCCAGGACAAGGACAAAAAACUUUUAUUUUAGCUGUGUUUUGUUUACAUGGACCACUUCAGACUUAAGGCUUGAGAGAAAACUGGUAUAUGUUUAAUUAAUCAAGAACAUUGAAACAAGAGAGAGGAUCAAAACUGCACUCUUAAGCAUGUAGAUAAAUUUUAAAAUUCCAUUUUAUACAUGACCAAAACAACCUAGUGCAGUGUGUGUCAGAAAGAGACCAUACACAUUUGCAACUGAGAAGGCAGAGAGCAUGGUGUUUGAGGAUCCAAAGGCCAAGGGAACAUGCUUCCUGCCCAAUGACAGGAGUGAGCUACAACUGGUACUCUUGAUCUUUGUAGUGAUCUGUCUCCUGCCCAAAUGACGUGGAUUACUGAUAUUUUGUCGUUUGCUUUUUCUUUUGGUGAUGGCAUGAGCAACACAGUGACAGGCAACAAAAGUGCACUAAUAGCACCCAGAUUUGAAGCUACUCAACUUGUUUUGAAUUUUCUACUCUUCAUCGGUCUAUCCGGACUGGCAGCCAUUCCCAGUGCCUCUGAGACCCUUGCCUCCUUAAUAAUAAUAAUAAAAAUAAAAUGAUAUUAAUAAAAUAAUAAUUAUCAGUCA